GCUCUACUUCUUCGUUUCCCUCUGCUACAGAAAACCAUGUGCAUCGCCAGUGUUGGACAGAAGAAGGUGGCACUCCAGGCCCCGAUUUCGUGAGCUCUGAGGUCGUGGUUAGAGAUCUCAUGCGGACAUAUAAAGGCUAUUUCAAAAAUUUAGAUGAUCCUGAGGAUACUUCUUUUGAGCCCCAUCCGACCAAUUACCCAGUUACCAAACUUGAGUACCCAAAUAACGAUGCUUGUGAAAGCUUCAUUCUACUUACUCCCAAGGAUAAAAAUCAUUAUGACCCCAUCAUGUGCCUAGAACUCUCAUUACACGCUAUCAUCAAAUCUUAUUUGACACCCGCACAACAGUCCCUCUUUGGAACAUUCCCAGAUGCCAUGUUCUCGGAUACCUCGUCACCCACCCCUUCCCCUCCCUCAUCUUCCAUAGAUCUCCCACAGGAUGCGAGCACUGAAAACUCUACUCUUCCAGUCCCUCCAGUCACUGACUCUGAUAGACCCGAUCACCUGAAAUUAUUUCAGCGUGCACUUCGUCGACGCGACGGCCUUCUUUUCCAGAAAACUAUGACUGAUAUCAAUCACCUCUUGAGAACGCUCAAAUAUCCUCCUCUUCCAACCGACCCUUUCGCCUCUAGCCCAAAUAAUAUAUUUCGAGAAACUGUCAAAACUUGGACAUCUGGUAUUCCCUAUGAUGUUCUCACACGAAUAAUUGAUGAAACGUAUCAGCGAUCCGUUGGUCCCCAUGUCCAUACAUUGAAUCGAUACUCAGCAUUCUCCUCAGAAGUAUAUGGCGAACUCAUGCCAUCGCUUACAUCCGAAAUCAUCUCUCUUACUGGAAUAAAUACGAAUUCUCUACUUAUUGACCUUGGCUCCGGCGUUGGCAACGUCGUUAUGCAAGCGAGUUUGCAAAGUGGCUGCCGAAGUUUUGGCAUUGAGCUCAUGCAGGCACCUGCUAAGAUAGCCAAAGAACAGCUACAGCAGUUUAAAACGCGUUGUCGAAUGUGGGGAGUUUCCAUGGGCGAAGUUGAGUUAGAGGAAGGCGACAUGUUAACUAGUGCAAGAGUGACAGAGCUUCUGCCCCAAGCUGACGUUGUUUUGGUCAAUAACAAGGUUUUUUUGCAAUCUUUGAACGAGGCUCUUCGUCCGAGGUUUCUCGACCUCAAAGAGGGAGCUAUUGUCGUUUCGUUAAAACCCUUCGUGUCAUCACUAAAUGCACGCGUCACUGAACGGAAUGUGGAUGAUAUCAGUGCGAUUUUCGAGGUGGUUGAGCGUCAAUAUCGGUCUGGCGGUGUCUCGUGGGGAAGCAAUAGUGGAUGCUACUAUCUACAUCGGGUGGACCGUGCAGGUUAUGCUGGAAUCAGACAGCGCUUUGAAGAAUCGCGAGCUAGAAGCAGUCGCUCAAGACGCUAGUAUGGUUAGGGAUUGCUUGGAGGGCUAGGUUGGCCCACACUGGGAGACAGUAAGGGUUCCUGUUCAAAUCCCAUUUUCACUUAUCUUUACUCUAUUACCAAAUACCACAAGCUCAGCACUGUUCAUGUACACAACUUUGAGGAUCAUCCACAGUAGUAUUUUGUAUGCAUAUUAAAUGAUUACCUGACCAUAGUUUUUGGGUGUUACGGUUACUUAUCCACUUCCAUUACUAUACUGUUAUUGUUGUUGUUGUUGUUGUUGUUGUUUUGCUUUGCGCC